UACACAAAGUGGCUCAAGUUAAAAUAAAAGCCGAAUGCAUUGAAACUAGAGGAAAUUGCUUCAAGACAAAGAUAAUUAUUCUUUAAUGAAAGCCUUGCAAGUUUGUCUCUAGAUAUCUCGUUUUCUGGACUAAUGAACCCUGCAAAUGGAGAGAAGAAAUACUGCUUGUAAGUAACCAACUUCAAUAAGAGUCGAGUGUACGUAUAAUGACCUAAUAUCCAUCAACUGACAGAAAAUAAACAGCUUGUAAGAAUUCUCCGGCCUCGGGGCCACAAUCUAAGCCACAGGGUAGGUAUGAGCAUGUACAAUUCAGACAGAACAAAGGCAUGGAACAUCUAUACAAGUUCAGAUCCUAGUACAACUCGAACAGAUGAAAACAUGGAAAGUUCAUGGAACAAUUUUGGCUCAUCCAUGAAUGCGAUUUCUUUCGGGUUUGUUGCAACAUUAAUCUUGAUAUCGAUGUUUAUUAUCAUGGCCAUAUUUGAGCAUCUGUUUAGGCCAACGACUGCAUCUGAAGAUGAUGCCACAAGGCAAUCGGAUUCUACAAGUAUACAGAAACUUGGAGAUCGAGAAACAGUACAAACAUCAGAUGCAUCAAAUUUCACAGUUUUAAUGCCAGGACAGCAGUGUCCUACCUUCAUUGCUCAACCUGCUCCUCUGCCUUGUCAAAGGGAAGCUGUUUCUUGGCCUCCUCAUCAACAUAGUUUUGCAUUGCCUUAAGACUACAAUGUAAACAUUCCUGUAUCCCAUGAUUCCCAUUAAUUAUCAUGCAAAGAUGAAUCGACAUCUUGCAAUGAAUAGUAUCGGAUAUGAUUAAUGAAAAAGAAAAGUUAAAAUCUUAUUUGU